UUCUCCUCGCCUCCCUGCACAUUUAUGCUUAGCAAUUUAACACAUUUGAAUAGCAGUACAAAUAGACUGAAGGGUUAAAAACGACAUAGGUGGUGACUGGUUGAAGAUCUUGUCGUGGAGGGAUGGAAAAGCCUUGUGGUUUUGUGUGCAAAAACCCCCAUUUUUGGUGUACAAGGCACGUGGCAAACAAGAAUUGGAAGGCCUAGGAUGACUAUUAUGACGGAGGGACGAGGACUGAAGGUUGCCCAGGUUGGGGACGAAGUACAGAGGACAGACUGACAAAAUUUGAGUUUUUCACCAUCCUGAACCUUGUUCCAGUCUUGCUGCCGCUAUGUGAUAUGCUGUGGGAGUUUGCAUUCUAGUCCGAUGUACAACAAAAGACAUACGUCAGAGGGGAAACAUUGUCAUUCCACUUUUCCACUCCAUGAUGCCUAAUCGGCUCAAAAGCGAGGAGUUGUACUACAAGAGGAUGCAAAGCAGAGAGAAAAAGAAAAGGGAAAAGAUGGACAAUCUGAAUCAGUGUAAGAAGAGGCUGAGGGUGUGCGUGGCGACAUGCAACAGGGCUGACUACUCGAAACUGGCCCCAAUCAUGUUUGGGAUCAAAUCUCACCCUGAUGACUAUGACUUGGAUGUAGUGGUCCUUGGUUCACAUCUUAUUGACGAUUAUGGGAACACUUUUCGUAUGAUUGAGCAGGAUGACUUUGACAUCAGCUCCAAACUGCACACGAUUGUAAGAGGGGAGGAUGAAGCAGCCAUGGUGGAGAGUGUUGGACUUGCUCUGGUCAAACUUCCUGAUGUGCUACAAAGAUUACGCCCAGAUAUUGUCGUUAUCCAUGGAGAUCGUUUUGAUGCGCUAGCUCUAGCAACUUCAGCCGCACUGAUGAACAUUAGAAUACUUCACCUAGAGGGAGGAGAGGUGAGCGGCACAAUUGAUGACUCAAUCCGCCACGCCAUCAGUAAAUUGGCCCAUUACCAUGCCUGCUGCACACGAAGGGCAGAGCAACACCUCAUUUCCAUGUGUGAGGACCACUCUCGGAUCUUACUGACUGGCUGUCCCUCCUACGAUAAGCUGCUGUCACCCUAUAACCGUGAAGACUAUCUGGAUAUCAUCAAGAGCUGGUUGGGCGACAAUGUGAAGGAUCAUGACUACAUUGUGGCGUUGCAGCACCCAGUCACCACUGACAUUCAGCACUCUAUUAAGAUCUAUGGACUUAUGUUGGAUGCACUUAUCUCCUUCAAUAAAAGGACACUCAUCCUCUUUCCCAACAUUGAUGCUGGAAGUAAGGAAAUGGUGCGUGUAAUGAGAAAAAAGGGCAUUGAGACACAUCCCAACUUCCGGGCAGUGAAGCACAUCCCCUUUGAGCAGUUCAUUCAACUGGUAUGCCAUGCCGGCUGCAUGAUUGGGAACAGCAGCUGUGGUGUGCGAGAGGCCGGGGCCUUUGGCACACCGGUCAUCAACCUGGGAACGAGACAAACAGGCAGAGAGACGGGUGAAAAUGUUCUGCAUGUGAGGGAUGCUGACUCUCAUAGUAAGAUCUACCAUGCUCUGCAGCUGCAGUUUGGAAAGCGAUACCCUUGUUCUAAGAUCUAUGGUGAUGGAAACGCUGUUCCUCGCAUUCUCAAGUUCUUACAAUCCAUUGACCUGGAUAAGCCCCUUCAGAAGACUUUCUGCUUUCCUUUGGUGAAAGACUCCAUAUCCCAAGACAUUGAUCACAUCCUGGAGAAACAAAGUGCUUUGGCUGUGGACCUUGGCGGAACCAAUCUCAGAGUAGCAAUUGUUUGCUCCCAGGGUAUCGUAGUGAAGAAAUAUACUCAACCAAAUCCAAAGACCUUUGAGCCCAGGAUGCAGCUCAUAUUGAAAAUGUGUGAACAUGCCAUGCAAGAUGCAGUGUCUCUCAACUGUAGAAUUUUGGGAGUUGGAGUAUCCACUGGUGGGCGCGUAAACCCACAAGAGGGUGUGGUACUGGACUCAACAAAGUUAAUUCAGGAGUGGACGUCUGUGGAUUUGAGAACGCCCAUCUCAGAUGCCUUCCACCUGCCCGUCUGGGUGGACAAUGACGGAAACUGUGCUGCCUUAGCCGAAAGGAAGUUUGGUCAUGGAAAAGGAGUGGAGAAUUUUGUCACAGUCAUCACAGGAACAGGUAUCGGAGGAGGGAUUAUCCAGCACAACGAGUUGAUCCAUGGCAGUACAUUUUGCGGCGCCGAACUAGGUCACAUCAUGGUGUCGUUAGACGGACCGGAGUGUUCGUGUGGAAGCCGAGGAUGCAUCGAGGCUUACGCUUCUGGUCUGGCCCUGCAGAGAGAGGCCAAAAAAAUGAAUGAUGAUGAACUAUUGAAAGGGGAGGGAUUGGCUCUGAAACAGUCUGAGCCCAUCACUGCCGCUCACCUCAUCAGUGCAGCAAAACUGGGGAAUGCUAAAGCUGUAGCUAUUCUCAACAAGGCCUCCACGGCUCUAGGUGUCGGCAUUAUCAACAUCCUGCAUACACUCAACCCCUCACUUGUGAUCCUAUCUGGUGUCUUGGCCUCCAUCUACGAAGAGCCGGUGAAUCACCUCAUUGCUAGUAAAGCCCUCUUACCAGCUCAGAGUACCAAGGUGGUAACGUCAGACUUGGAAGAACCCGCUUUACUAGGAGCGGCGAGCAUGGUGUUAGACUAUGCUACGAGAAGGACUUAUUAAACGACACACUUGUCUCUUGAUUCCUUGUGCCAUCAAGAAGACAUCGUCUUGAAGUUGAUUUUCCAAACAUAUGUUAACAUAUCUAAAUCCAAUUUAUAAAAAUGAAAAAUGCCUUUUCUGUCGUUUCCUGUUUGGUGAUAUGUUGUGUUCAGGAAAAUGAAACCAAUUCACACUAGUUUAAAAUUAAUUGAUCCUUAAUCAAAGGUUGCCUGGAUACGUAUUUCUUGUGUCAAGUGGAUCCAUUGUGCAUUCUUCUAUCACAUAAAAUCUUUUUUGAUUUCCGGAUUUUUAAAAAAAGCAAGUAGUUUGUUUUUUACAAAAAAAACAUAGCAUAACAACAUACUCCAAGCAGGAAUUUGCUUCUGUUUGUAAAAUAAUAGCCAGUGGUCCAUUGAGAAGGUUCUUUUGCCAAUGACCACAUUUUUGCUAGAUAUAUCUUUCAAUCUCUUUCUGUAUCGCUUCCUGUUUCACUUUUCUACAAACAUUUAUCCCCUACUGAGAUGAUUACAAUAUAACAUCAUAGUUCCAUGUCUUACCAGUCAUUCUUUGAAGACUGGAAUGAGUUAAGUAAUGAUAUUCUAGUUGCUUGUCUCAAAGAGUGUAGUAACAAUUAAUGUACAAUUUAAUUUAAUUAUUAAAUUAUAGGCUGAAUAAUCACGUGACUGAAACUUUAUUUUUGCUGCUAUGGAGGAUACAGUGGUACACAUUGUAUGUAUACUUAUAAUGUACUGCCGUUGUUUGUUUUAAUUUGGUUAAUGAUGGUCCAAGUGAGUACACAAUGAAAGGGUUAUAUUUAAAAUGCCUACCUUCAAGGUAGUCAUUUAACAAUAUAUAUGUAUUUGAAUAAAAGAGAAUAUUUGGGGUGUG